AUGAUUAAGGACAGCUCUGGAGACUGCCUCCAAACAUCUGAACGCAGGACGGUAUGGCCUGACGACAGUAGGGAUACGCGCGACUGUGAGCGUGUAUUAGAAGAUAAUAAUCAGAUGUUUGAAUCAGUUGUGAUUGAAUACCUCGAUAAAACUUUAAGUAAAGAUUGGUCAAUCCUCGGAAUAUUAGAAUUUGCACGACCCAAAUUAUCUCCAGAUACAAUUAAUAAUUUCAAAGAAGAUUUAUACGUAGUAUUACGGGGAUAUCUAGAAAAAUGCAAUGUUCAUGUCAACGCAAAAAAAAAAGUGAAGAAGAUUUUAACUAAUUUUAACACAUAUUUCUCCAUUGACAAAGUGAGACAAUUCAUUAUUGAACUUGAAUAUAACACGGAAACACGCAUGAAUGUCACGUCUGCAUACACAAUUGAAGUUUUGAAGGAUCAGCAAGAUAAUCGAAAGCUCAUCAAUCAAUUAAGAGAAGACAUCUCUAGUAUAAAUUCAAAUUUGGAAGACGGACAGGAACAGGUUAAUGUUCAAGUGACUUGCGACAGGAUUGCUUCUUUACGUUCGGCAGACCCUUCUACAGGGGCAUCGCAAUCAAACUUUCAGGAAGAUGGAGAGAAGGAUGAAGAGGAAAAUGAAGAGGAAGAUGAAGAUGAAGAGGAAGAGAAAGAUGAAGACAAUGCUACAAAUAAUAAUGCUAAUUACGUUGCUAAGAAGAAUUUUCCAGAAAAUAAUUAUGAUCAUAACGAUGAUUUUGUUGAAGUUACUUAUGUAGAUAGUUUAGAAUGUCAGAGUCGUACUAGUCGUUGGCUCUUGUCCAGUGGAACAGAUGUAUUGAAUGUUUUGUCGAAAUAUGAGAAAAUAGUCCCAGAAAAUCAAAAAUGUUUAAACCCCGUUUGUUGGGGCAUUCUAGAUCUCACCGGCGCCCAUCCCGAAACUAAAGCUUUAUUUUCACCAGAAGAUUGGGCAGAAAUGGUUAACAACUUUAAACAAGAAGUUAAGCUAUCACAAACAGAUAUACCUAAAAUCGUGAUUCAUUUUUUUGAUGAAGUAAAUCAGAUUGUUAAGAACAAUCACGACCCUACAAUGGAAAUCGAUAGACUAUUUCCGGAAGUCAUUGAAAAGAAAUAUAAUAUUACACUCAGCACAGAAGAAAAGGUCAAUAUUUUUGCCCUGAAACGUGCCAUUGUUACAUAUAUCGAAAAUCUCAAAGGGGCCGAUUUGUUAGUCUCGGAAUCAGAUUUCGAUAACUCUUUUCCCAAUAGUCUUAUGAAGAGGUUUCUGGAUCAAGACGAAGUGAAAAUAGAUGUAGGAGAAAUCUGUUGUUGGGGGUCUGCGCAACGUCGAAACGAAGGUCGCUCAGUGAUAUUACGCGCUAGAGUCGGCCAAAAGUGCGACUUUAGAGGGAUACUUAAAAAUAGUGUAGAUAAAUUAGAAGCCAUAGUUGGUCUUAGAAGCGGUGGACUUCCAACGGCACAUCGGCGAAAAAUUUUCGAGGAUCAUAUAGAUUUAAGUGUAACAAUGCGUGACAUUCUGUAUUCAUUUUUUAAAUCGAAUCAAAAUGCUUCAGAUGAUAUUUUACAUCGAACAUUUUUGCUUGGGACUCAAUCUUGGGGGUGGACUCAUGAUGUUUACGGGAUGGACUGCAAAGCAACAAAUAUUUGCAGAUUCGGGAAGCUUUGCAGAACAAAAAUGCCACACACUUCUGAAACAAUAGGUUGUUUAGAGGCUUUUUAUGCUGUUAUGUUAAACGUAAAGGCUACCCUUAAAGACAUUCGUGAACAUGUCAAUAGUGUUGCACUGGUCCAUUCUCAGGCACAUCGGAAUGGAAAGAGAAAAUUUGAAGACUCUAAGGUUGGAGGCUGUUUCGGAGAAAUUAAAACAUCACCAAGAAAAAUUCGCACCAAAUAUUUGUAA